GCUGGUGGUCAUCUCGACCACAGCCGUCAGCCAUGGUUGGUGGGCUGGCCCGGAGGGGCCACCGGAGGCGGAGCCCCUGGAGGAGCAGGCUGGUUGGCGGCAGCAUCUUCGGGAGUGGCUCCCGGGUGCGGAGCGAAGGCUCAAUGCCACGGAAGAGUGGCUUGCCGGCCUGGCGAGCUGGGGUCGGGAGUUGGAAGGAGCCUCGACCUGGGGAAGCUGGGACGUGGCGCUGUGGAUGGUCGUGGACACCCUCUUCGGCAUGAUCGGGUGGGCACUCUUCGGCAGCGCUUGGACUAAGGCUCGGACCGGAUGCCGCCGGCUCCUCCAGGUUCUGGUGGUGCUGGGGCUCUGCUUGGUCGCUCACUAUGUGUGGGCUGUGUGCUACCCCAUUGUGUCGCUCCUGAUCGGGGCAUGCAUGGCGAUGGCAUGGCUACUUCGCAAAGUCCUACGAGGAGUAGGGGCCUUUGCAUUCUGGUUCCAAAGAGUUACAGGAGGCUCUCCAGAAGCCUCUGAAGCAGAGUUCUUGGGCCCUGCCACUGGACGGACACCUGAAACCUCCCAGCUUCGAGCAUUCAAGAGGUCCGGUGAGCAGCCCAAGCACAUGGUGGUGAAGAGAGGGGAAGAUGCUGCUGUCUUCGCCAUCGGCAUGGACUCCCAGUCCAUCAAGACCCACGGCCUCUAUGUCCCUGUGGAGUGCAACACGAUCCGUGGAUCUCCGGCUUUGGUGAGGCGGCUGCGGGACGUCGAGAAGGUGCACUUAUGCCGAAAUGAGGCCUGCACCGAAGAGGGUGGGGAGCACUUCGUCAUGUACGGGUUAGUUCGAAAGAAUGACCCGGAAAGAUUCCAGAUGGCCCAAGCUCGUGAGGGUGCGCGCAAGGUGACCCACGACUUCUGGGCCUGGUUGAAAGGGUCCCCAUUGACUGAAGGCACCUCACAGUUGAUGCAUCGCCUUCGGGAGUUGGGUUCCGAGUCGGAGCAAGAGGAGGAGCACCUGAUUUGCUGUGGCAGCCUGGUCACAUGGCGGGGCCCGAUGGAACUAUGCAGUGCCUGGCCAAUCGGCCGUGCAGAUGAUGUCCCCACUCAGUGCGGGGCUGUUGCAUUGCGCGGGGAUCAUGCUACCCAAUACCUGACCCGGCGGUAUCCCGACAAGUGCAGUGUGACCUUUUGCAAAAGGUUUGGGAACAAGCUGCAGCAUGGUGUGGUGUGGUGUUCAGAACAUGAACCUUCAAGCCUGACACCGACGAGGCCCUCUUCUACCUCAGCGCGCCGAUCCAGAUCGAGGUCACGUACACGAGCGGUGGAGGACAUCGACGAGGGGGAGAACGAUGAUGAGGAGAACGGGGUCGACGCCGAGGAGGCGCACGGUGACGAGGAUAGGCAUGGUCGUGCGAGAAAGCUGUUGGGAAGGGCUCGUGAAUGUGAGGAGCCCGAGAUCAAAGAGAGAACGCCACGUCGGAGGGGAACAACACGCUCGCCUGGACAUACUCCGAAAGGAUCAAGCAUCAGUCGAAAUCUAUCCCGCAUGGGGAUGCUCGAGUCGCCAGGUUCAGAAGGCGCCGGCAGCUUGCUGGAAGAGUUCUUUGAGAUCUUUGCGGCCGGAAAGGCGGAUGGACUCCGUGAAGACCAAGCACGCAAAAAGCUGGGAGCUGACCGCCUGCUACUACCCGGUGAUCUUCUUCGACAACUGGUUGGGGAGGCGGAGAAUGAGCAGGCGCAAGGGCAGAGAGGGCUGUCACGUUUCUUGACCACGUGGCGGAAGGAGCUGGCUAAGUUGGGAAGGCCUCAUGGAGAAGGGGAGGGAUGUAGCGACUGGAGUAUGGUGGAAGGUGGCAAACGAGGUCAGCAGAUGCCUCAGGUGGAAGAGAAGCGAGGUGACGGGCUACGAGUGGCACCCCCCGGGAUCUAUCGCCCUGACACCAGGGCAGGAGCCAGGACCGACAGUGGAACCACUGCAGAACCCGUUGUCCAAAUCGCCAAAGCGAUCCAGCAUCAAACAGCAGAAUUGGCUUCUUUGGUUCGUCAACAAACCGAAGGAGCAGGAGGUCAGGUCCCCGGUACAAUCCGGGGGCUCAACAAACAAUCAGAAGAACUGGUCUUCUUGCUUCGGGCGUGUGGCCAGUAUCAAGUGCGUGUUGGUGCGGAAGAGCACGGUCAGGCACUAGCAAACUCGUUGCUGUCCGCUCAGAUAGGAGCCUCGACCAAGCUUCGAGCAGCAGGCUUCCGCCAACGGAUGUCAACACGGCUGGCAGUUGGAAUUGCAGGGCCAUACUGGGGCAUUCAGGAGAAGUAUGGCCUGAGCGCCGCGGACUUCCUUUCCUACACGGACGCUGAGCUCGACCAGUUUGCUUCUGAGGCCAAGGUGAUGAAGAACACCGACCAAAGACCUCCUCCUCCGUCCAGGUUCGAUGAGUGGACCGCCCGAGUACGACGCCAGACAGAUGUGUGGUGCCUGGUUUAUGGGGAGGAAUGGAGAGCCGUUCGGAACAACGCCCUCAACCUCUUGUCGGAGUGGCAUCUGUCCCAUCCUCACAGGUGGCCGCUGGCCAUAGUCAUCGACAUCUGGGAGGAGAUUCACUGGCGAUUUCUGGAGGAGCUCAAGGACGUGCUUCGGAGCCUCAAGAAGGAGAUUGGUAGGGAAACGAUCAGCCUCACCGAGCUCAAGUUCCAUGCGCUACUUCCCGGACCAGAUGGACAGGCAUGGCUGGUGAUGCCCACGACCUUCGACAUCGAGAAGCCCGACUCAUGGUUCCAGACCGAGGUCCUCCCAAGGAUCGAGAGGAAGCAAGACCGCCUCUUAUGGAAUCUCACUUGGCAGGGCGGUGCCCGGAAGGAUCGCAACCCGGCAGCACCAGCUGGAGGAGCAGGGGAGAGUGCAGGAAGCUUGAGUUCGCAGUCCAAACCCACUCUCAAGUCGUUGUGGGGGCCCAAGCUGACUCCGGAGGAGGUCGGAAUGGCCAAAGAUCGGGCCCCUUUGGACCGCCACGGCAAGUUGCUCUGCUGGGGAAACCUGUGCCACAUUGGCUGCCAGACGACAGGUUGUCAGCGCUCCCAUGAAGGACUUCGCGGCUCUUUCGAGAAUCUGGACCCGUGUGUGCAAAUGCAACUCCUCAAAAGAGGUGGACUGAAGCGGAUGAAGCUCGAGAGCCCGGAUACCGUGACCACCAAGAUCAAAGACAUCCGGUCCAAGAUGCGAGUCGAGAAGACUGACAAGAUCCAGGACGGAAAGAAGCGAGCGAAGGCUGGGAGCACCCCUGCAACUGUCGGGACAGAAUCUGGAGAGCAGGAGGUAACGGAAGAUGGCCGAGCUGGAGGAGAAGGGCCAAAGGUGCGAUUUUGGGACGUCCCCGAGGAGUUCGAAGUCGACUACACCAAGGGCGAGGACCUCAAGGAUGUGAUUCAAGGGCCGGACUAUGCAUGGCAUCGAGAUGUUCAUCGUGAUCUUCCACCUCAUCGUGGUCGGGAUGGGACUUCGGCACCGCAGGAGGCAAAGCACCUGGUCCAGAAAGCCAAGGAGCUAGGCAAGUCCUCCGCUCUCCAGGCACUGGAGGGAGCCACUGACGACUUGUAUGCAUGGGCCGCCGCUAGGGUUGCCAGGGAACCCGGAGUCGAACUCUCUUCACUUCUUCAGGAAAUGGCGACCUACGGGAUGGGUGAGCUUGCACGGGAAGCGGCUGAACUAUUGGAGCAACGGGAAGGAACUAAAGCAGGCUCAGCUCGACUGGUGGUUCGAGACACUCUGUGGGCAGAGGGGCAACCAGGGCAAGGAAGCGUCGAGCUCGACGGCACCACUUGGCGGCUGUGGGACUAUCAGGAGGACGUCAUGAUGACGGAGGACCUGGCGGCACUUCUUCACCUACCAGAGGUGUCCAUUGAGCGGCGGCAGUGCGUGACCAUCACCAUUGCGGCUAUGGUUGAGUGGAAGGAGAAGAGCCGACGGCCGUCAGUGGAGCAGGUUCAGACCAGAGCACAAAGCCUGAGGCUGGAGCAGACUCGGCUAGCAGUGGACGCGGCCAACACCAUCGGCGAGGCGGAGGAGAUGGUCGCAGCUGUGGAACACGAAGUCAGGACCUACAUCCAUGACCUCACUACAGCUCACCACGAGAAGGACUUUCGCUCGUUGGCGGUCUUCCCUUUGGAAGCCCUUGCGGACUGCCGAUUGGUGGUUUUUAGGGCGGACUACCGAGGGGGCUUGGUCGUGGAGUGCAUCAUUGGGUCCAACUGGAUAGAUGGGGGUUGGACGACCUUCGCACUGAUUUGGAAGGGGCACAUGGUCCUUUUGGAACCGCCGGACGGCUAUGACCUGGAGCGCUUCCUGGCCCGAGAGGACCCCCAGACCACACCUGCGAUGGGGUUUACGUUCUUUUGGCACGCUCGUCAUGAUCAACCUUCCACCGCACCAGGCAAGAUUUUCUGCAGGUUGUGCAAAGCAGGCCGCAAAGCUGGGGAGUCGCUCAACGCACCAAGGCAUAGCUGCUUGUCCUACACGGCCGCCACCGCUGGAGGCACCAUGGACAUCCACCAUGACCACAAUGUGAUUCGGGCGGUUCGGAGUGCAGGCCAGCCACAUGAACCGGGGCAGCUGGUGCUAAGGGAGUUCUUUGCCGGGAAAGGUGGCAUCUCUGCGGAGUGGAGCAGGACGAGCCCGAGCAUGGAGCCGGUCGAGGUCUACGAGCAUCCACAUGACAAGCAGGGCUACAGGGCACACUUUGACUUGAGCCGAAAGGAUGUCCAUGACAAAUUUCUGGCAGAGGUGCGUACCGGGCCUUCCAAUGUGCAUUGGAUUGCAGCCCCAUGCACGAGCUACUGUGACUGGCAGCAGAAGAAUGGUGGGACUCGCACCUUCGAGUGUCCCGAAGGCACUGGACAGGGACCGUUAGCAGCGACUGAGGCAAUGGGCAACAUUUUGAGUGCGCACGCUGCUGAGCUCUUCGAGGCUUCGUUGGAUUCUGGUGCCUUCCCUCUCGUCGAGUCCAGUGGGGUCAGUGGACGGUACCCCAAGCAAUGGGACCUGCCGUGCUGGAAGCGCAUCCUCAACCGGCCGGACGUAGAGUACGUUGACCUGCCCAUGUGCGCCUUUGGUCUUGGUCCCCCUGAUGAGCCAGAUCAUUUCUAUGUGCACAAGACCAGGGUGGUCUUCCCACUGCAUCCACCGUUACGGCGAGCGCUUCGACGAGUCUGUCCGGGCCUGUCAACCUCGCACCGGCACAUCGGGCUGAAGGGUUGUCGCGACGGCCAAACCGUCACUCGCUGUACUGAAGCCGGGGUGUACGCCCAGAACUUUGUGUCAGUCGUGGUGGCGGUGCUCCAAGCUUCGUUGGGGGGGGGUCUGGCUUUGACGCCACAAGAUGGUCAUCGAGCAGGCGGUCUUCGGGAUCGAGGCGGAGACGAUGGAGAAGAUGGAGGUGCCCUACUACCUGGUGACCGUGAAGAGGCUGGCGGAGACGGUGAGGAUGACCUACCUGGAGACCUACCCGGAGACGAUGACGGAGGACAUGACGGAGAUGGUGGAGGCGUUCAACGAAACGAUCAACCCGAUGGAGAUGGCAAAGGGGAUGGCUUGUUGGAAUCGAUGGGCUUCGGGAACCACUCGGCGAGCCGCCACGGAGACGGGUUACUGGAGGUGCUCGGGUUCCCUGAAGGGGGGGUUCCCAAUCCGAUACGGCAACCAAAGGCCGUGAUCUCAGCAAAGGACCGGGUGAUCCCUAUGCCGUGGAGACCAAUGAGAAGCUCAUCCGCUCCAGCUGGAGCCCGAGAAAGAUCCCCGCGAGGGAGUUCCAGACCAGGCGGGGGAAAGGGCAAGGGCGGCUGGCUCAGCUUCGCUGGAGGAGGAAGUUCGUCCUCAUCCACUUCGGAGCCCAACUCAGAUGUCGAGGGAGGCGGGAGGAAGUCCACCAGGGUGGAAUACCCGUAUGGCCUGUCGCGGGCGGAGCGAUAUCGCUUGGCAUGUGAGAAAGGAAAGGGCAAAGGCACCUCCUCUCGAGGCGCCGGGCCAGCUCCAGGAGAUCCUGACCAAGGAGAAGGGGAGACCCUGCAGGGAGCAAUGUGGAGAGUUCAUGAUGAACCCCGGACGACCCUGUACGUCCCGUCGGAGAUUGGUCUUCCUACACCGCUUGCCCACCUAACCAACGAGAGGGUCACCCACCUGCGAGAAGGGGCGAACCAGGUUAUCAUCACGGAUGAUUGGCGGGCUGCCGGAGGGGCUGAUCCAGGCUAUGGCAAGUGGACGGGCGUGACCAUCUUCACCAUCCAGGAGAUGCCGGUUGUCGACGACGAGGCGAUCCCGUGUGAGGACGACUGGGAGUGGGGCGCCGACGAAGAUGAGGGACCCGACCCGGGAGAAGAUGACGGACCGGAGCCCGAGGUGAGUGUCCAAGUGGAGUCAGGCCCGACGGCCUACGCCGGGAGCGAGGCACGUGAUGGCCCAGGUUCGGCCUACCAAGCACCGACUACAGCAGCACGGCAGGCAGCGGAGGAGUAUGUCAAGGCGAUUGAGCAGGACUUUGACAACACUCCUAUGGGUUGGGCGGCCGUGCUACGGGCGGGCAACAAGCUGGUUGAGGUCGCGGGUGGAGUGCGCCAAGCUGCUGAAAGCCUCUGGGAGGUAAGGGAGAAGGCCGGAAUGAUGAACCUAGCCCAGGUGGAUGACCCGGGGCUGGACCGGGUGUUACACCCCCACCUCCUGGAAUAUCUUCGGGAUGUUCGACGAUAUGGCAUGGCGGCCAGGUUCCAAGGGCUUCGGACCAGAGCCUUUGCGAAGCUUCACCCCAAUGCACGACGCCACGUUGACAAGGUCUUUGCCCAGGUCGCUAAGGAUGUGGGAAAGCAGAGGGUGUUGGUAGUCAGUGCCAUGAUGCCUCAGCUGAGCGGGACGAUGGCCUCACCUUUUGAGGCGGUGCAGAAGCUCAAGCCAGAUCGCUCUGUGUCGGAGGAGGUGAGAGUGGUCCACGACCAAAGGACCAUCAACCAUGGGACGAACAAGUUCCUUCACCCGCCGGCCCUUCAACCUACCCACUCACAGAUUGCCAAGCGCAUCCUAUGGGCUAAGGGUCGAUGCCCGGGCUUGCCGGUCCUCCUGUCCAAGAAGGACAUUUCUGGGGCUUUUAGGAAGGCCUUUCCGAACGCCACGGACGAAGAGAUUCACUUGGAGGGCAUUCCGGGCGGGGACAUCACGGUGGUCUACUUGGUCUCCAGCUUCGGGUUCAGUGGUAGCCCAGGAGAAUGGACUGUAUGGGGGCGUAGCACGGAGGAAUUCCAUCGAGCUCACUGCCCGUCGGUUCCACGGAGAGACAUGGGCCAUGGUUUCGAUUGCAAGGUCCUGGUCGACGACGGAGUGUUGGUGGAGCCCUGGGUGGGACUGAGGCCGUGGGUGAGCGCGGAGGUGUUUGAGCACGGCAUCAGGACGCUCCUGGGGAACAAGGCGGUGAAUGAGGAGAAGGACAAGGUGGAAGGAGCCUUCAAGACCGCACAAACGGUCUGGGGGGUGAUCAUGUGCACGGAGGGCGAGACUGCUACGCUUCCAGAGCGACGCAUUCAGAAAGGGGCGGUCCUUCUAGCUGAUAGCUGCUUUGACUACGGCUCCAAGGAGGUCACCCUGAAGCAGCUACAACAGUUCAGAGGCAUCUUGACCGGAUGGGCAGCCAUCGUGAAGGGGCUGGUGAACGAGCUCAAGGCGGCGGACAAGUUUCUUGCGGGCCGUGAUGGGCAUCAGAAGGUGAAUCCCCGACUACGUGGGGAAGGCAGCCAGGCCUGGGAGGCAGACCGGGCAUGGGAGGAUCUAUGGGAGCUUUUUGAGGUCUGCCGCUGGCUGAGUGUGCGGACGGAUCGAUGGGAAUCCUUUGCCACCGGCCUGAGAUCUAUGCUUCCCACUAUGGAGAGAUUGAGCUUGCCUGGAGAGUGGGAGAAGGUCAUUUGGGUGUCAUCCGACGCUACGCCUACCAUGGUGGGAGCCAUCGAUUGGACCAACAGACAGGUGACGCGCCUUCCCACCGGGACCUUGAAAGCGUGGGCUGCUCGGGCUCUGUCAGACCAUGAGAUUGGGGACCAGGAGACCGACCUCGUGAUUCACCUGGGUGAGAUGCUGUCUUUCGUUGCCUUCGCAUGUGCAGCAGGGGACCAGUGGAAAGGGGCAGUAGUGGCCUAUGGCGGGGACAACACCAUCGUCAAGAAUUGGCUACAAUCCCGGAAGAGCAACACCAGAGGGGGAAGAAUCCUCAUCAGGGCCCUCAACCUGGCGGAGAUGAAGUACAACUUCACGGUCGUGAGCGGAUGGUGGCGGACCUAUCACAACGUCCACGCGGACUUCAUCACGCGGUGCACCCAGGAGGAAUUCGAGGGCUUCGUGAAGGAGAAGGGCCUUCAGGUGCUGGACAUCUCUGCGGCGAUCCACGGCGCUCUGGAGGACUCGGCCCGAUAUGGGGCAUGCUUCCUUUGGGGCCCAGAGAAAGAAGGUGAUCGUGCACUGCAACUUCAGCUCCGUGAGAGAAGGGUGUCAAAACAGAUCCAAAGGGAGCUCGAGAUUCCGUGGAAAGCCUUCGCCAAGGAGUGGACCCCCUCGGGAAGGUGGCUGAAAGAUUUUGAAGCCCUGGGAGGAGCCCUAGGAGCGGCCAUCGAGGACGUUGGUGACCGGCCGGUGCUCUUGUGCGCCACGCUUGGAGUGGACUACAAAGGGAAGCACAUGGAGCAGUACCUCCGCAACCUUCAACACGAAGGAGCUCGUUUGGGGCUGGUCGAAGGACCUGGGAAGGUCGAUUGGGAGCGAGGGCAGCGACACUGUGAGAGCCGAGGAUGGGGCUAUGGGAUCGUCGACUUCAUCACCACCGAGAAUGGGGAGGCGUUGACGAGGAGAAGGCGGUGCUUGGUGGUGAACCCACAUGGUGCUCUACCUGAGGCAUGGGAGGAGUUUCUGGUCAGAGCUAUGGGGCCGGCACCAAUGAGUUCACUGCUGAAACCAAAGGAGCACCAUGAACUGUGUUGGACCAAGCCGCUGCGUUUGGAGCUGGAGAGCGGCAUCCCGAGAGAUCGAAUGCUACCUCAACCAGCAGGUCAUGUCUGGUGGGGCGAAGAACGUGAGGUGAUCCAUGGGAUUGGAGGCCCUGGUCGGUGGCCCUUGUUGUCAGACGACGGGAGCAGUUUACAGGGCUACUAUGUCUACAAUCGCCGAGGACCUGGAGGCCAUGUUCGUCGUCUUGACCCGGAGGAACUAUGGGUUCUACAAGGGCGUCAGCUUCGAGACCUACCAGCCAACAUCCCUGCCGAGGUUGCGGCGAUCGAAGGGGUCCGGGCCACGAAAAUUCAAACUGCCGCGAACCUGGUGACCAUGGGAGGCCAAAUCCUCUGUGAGCUGAUCGCCCGUGAAGCUGGGGAACUGAACCCGGGUAAGGCCGGGAUGAUGCCCGACGCCACCGGAGCAGAGGCCAUGGCCCAGAUCCUGCUGUGGCUCAGAAGGUGGAAGAGAGGAGAGUUGAGGCGGAGCCCGCCGUCCUAUGAGGCCGACACCACCAGGGCUGGUGGCGGCACGGGGCCACCGCUGAGGAGGCUGUGGAGGUGGUCGGAGGCGUGGUGGUGGGCUCAAUGCAUGGACGAGGAAGAGGAGGACGAUGCCUACACCCUGGAGUUUGCCAACGAGAUCAAGGGUUCCUAUGCUGGCGGACGGACCAAAGCCAAGACCGACCCGCUCAAAGUUGCCGAGAAGGUGAGAGCCCAGGCCGUUCACCUCACCAAGAGUCUCGCCCCGUUUUGCGGUGAUGUUCGUGAAAGGGUCGAUGAAUGGCUGGAGGAGAACAUGACUGGGGACAAGAGUGCCGCGACGGAGAAGGCCUAUGGCGGAGCAUGGAUGAAGUGGUGCGCUUGGGCUAGAAGACAGGGCUGGCCAGAUGAGUUCCUCAACCGCAAUGUGGGCCCGAUUGAGAACGAGAACCGGGUGCUGGCCUACGUGGGUUACCUGGGAUGGCUGGGCGCCUCGCCCAAUACCAUCCGUCAACACAUCUUCGCGAUGAAGAUGGUGCACAAAAGGAGUGGCAGGACCGAUCCCUUGGAUGGAAUGCAUCGGGUGUGGAUCCUCGUCAACGCCUUGGAUCGGAGAUCGACUACCAGGAAGCCACGGCGCUUGGGGGUCACGCCUGAGAUGUUAGUAUGGUUGGGCGAGAAUCUGGUCGACCCGCUAGUGAAUGACCGGCAUUCAAUUCCGUACGCGGAGGCAGUGAUGGUCGUGGCGGCCUUGGAGCUGGCGCGGUUCUUCAUGCUGAGGGCCAAGGAGUUCGGGGAAUCGAACGGAGUGGACGAGAGCAUGAUCACGAGGGGCUGUGACAUCCGCCUGUCUCACCAAGGAGUGGCGAAACCGGUGGGGGAGGCGACCGAGAUUUCCCUCUUCUUCCGGAAGACCAAGAAUGACCAGCUGGCCUUCGGGGACACCAAGACGCUGCAGGCCACGGGGAGGAAGCACCUUUGCCCAGUCGAAGCACUGGACCGUAUGAGGCAAGUCUGGACGAUGCGGUUUUUGCCAGGCCAUGCCGAGAGCACCAAGCCGCUGUUCAGAUGGAGCAAUGGCCAGGUCAUCAAGAGGAUCGAGAUCCAGCACUUCCUCCAGGAGGCAGCGGUUGGAGUGGGCUUGCCGCCAGGGAGGUUCAUGUCCCACUCUUUGAGGAUUGGUGAGGCGUCAGCUUUGUUCCAGUCGACUGCCGACAUUGAGUUGGUGAAGCGAGCGGGAAGGUGGUCCUCCUCUGCGGUGCAACGCUACCUCUUCGAUGGGGGGUCGGUCAGCGCAGUCUCCAAGAAGAUGGCCGCGGUCGGAGAUGUGACCACCUUUAGAUGA